AAUUUAGAAUAACGGACAGCACCGUGGUCCGUGGUUACUUUGAAUGAGGCCAUAUCUUUCCCACGAAUUCGAAUCCCUCCCGUAGUCUCUCGGUCCCCACUCCCCUCAGUCCGAUUUCUUUCACACUUGCCUCUCCGUUUCCUUCGAGGUCGGAAUCGGAGGACCGUCGGUAUCUAGGGUUUCUUCCAACACAUACAGAGACGGAGCGUCGAGAGAGUAGUCGAUGGAUUGGGGGAACGUGACGACGGAGGAUCUGAUCGACGCCCUUCGAGAAGUCGACUGGUCUUCUCCCCCGCGCCCGGUCACCGAAUUCUUCUCUAGAUUCACCGUCCCCAGAUCGUACUCCAAAUGGAACAGCCGCUUAAAGUGCAAUCUCUACUAUUACCGGACGAAUUACUUCAUCAUGAUCGUAUUUAUUCUUGGGAUUGGCUUUCUUUUCAGGCCUCUUGCCAUUCUUGCCACCAUUUUGACAAGCCUGAGUAUUGCAUUUCUAAAUGACAGUUUUGCAGUUACUUUUAAUGAAAAGGUAACGAGAACUGUCAGACAAUUUUCUCCACAUGUUGCAGCAAAGUUGAGGCCAUCUAUAACGCCUGUUCUUCGUGGGCGGCCAGCUGCAAAGAGAGCAAUUCAUAUAUGCGGACGGCCUCGUUGGGUUUUUGUCUUGGUAUUCUCAGCAGCCAGUUGUAUCCUUUGGUUAACCUCUUGCAGUCUCCUUACUGUUCUCUGGGUACUUCUCAUUGGACUUCUUGCAACACUACUUCAUGCAAGCUUUAGAACACCAAAUCUGAAAGCACGUCUGAACACAUUUCGUGAGGAGUUUCGAGCGGUGUGGCGCAAUUACAGUGAGCUGUAACUGGAGUCCUGCUGAGGCUAUAUGAUACUACCAACCAAGGUGCAAGGGAAGAUCAAAGUCGUCAAAAUAUGAAAAUUGGGCUUUGCCUUUCGCGCUUGAGCAUCGUUGAUGCAAAAUUUGAUUCGUAAUGGGAAUUGGUGCGGCUAAGGGUGCCUCAUCAAUCAAACCCACUAUUAAUUACUUGCUGCCUCUCUUCUAGGGCCAAGCAUAUUGUAUCUAUCUAUAUCUAUAUAAUAUAAGUAAAAUGAUUAAUGAGUAUUAGAGAUGAAAUCCUGUGUUGAUAUGUAAGAGUCUAAAAUAAUCUCCCAACAUGCUAUGUGUCGAGUCCUGAUUUUUUUUUCAUAGUAUAUUUUUUCUCUU